AACCACUCACGCUUCAUUGCACCACUUCCAAACCACACAAUCCAAACCUAUCCACAUCACAUCAAUCAUCAUGUUCGGCUGGGGUGAAUCUCACGACGCCUACGACCAGGUCUACAACGACAACCACGAGGGUAAGCUCUCUCACGAGCUCCUCGCUGGCGGUGCCUCGUUCGCUGCCAUGCACGCCUUUGAGGAGAGACAGCGUAAGGAGGGCCAGCCCGUCAGCCACGAGUUCGCCAAGGAGCUCCUUGCUUCUUUCGCUGGCGCUGAGGUCGACAAGCUCGUCGAGACAAAGGGCCUCGAUUACGUCGACAAGGAGAAGGCCAAGCACCAAGCCAAGCAGAAUGCUGAGCGUCUCUACGACGAGCAGUACGGCCAGUACGACCAGUACAACCCUCGCGAGCAGGGCCCUCCUGAGCGCCUCCAGCGCCAGUUCGGCGGCUACGACAACUAAACAAGU